AAAAAUAUGGCACCUCUGUUGAAGUUUGAGCGCGCAGCUGCCAAAAAUCAAUAUUUUCUUGAAAAAUCGUUUUAAUUCUAUGUUAAAACAUCAAAAUGCCUGAAACAAUAAUAGAAAGUGUCCUUACGGGAAAACUAGACUCGAAGUUAUUAAUAAAGUGGCUAAACGACGAAUCUUUAGAGGACAUAUCUGAAGACUGUAUAUUGAAUUGCUGUAACAAGAAUGAUUUUGUGACGUGUUUUUUAUCUUUUUUGAGGACCCAAACCGAUAGCAUCCUACAAACAAACAGCAAUGCAGUACAAAUACUCCAACACAGCACUCCGGAGAAGCUUCUCAGUACCAGACGCAAGCACCGGAGGUCCAUCAGUGACCCUACCAGCGAAGACCGAACAAUGGACAGUCUAUCAGUCAAAACUGAUAGGCAACGGAGCCAUGAAUCUCCAAGCAAGGACCGUAAGAGAACCGGCAGGAGAGUUAAAACAAAACUGUUUAACGAAGACAAAUCCAUCAACCAAUCCGCUUCAUCAGAUGAAUCAAGACUUAGCACUGGAGUAGACAGACUAAUUCUAUCUAGUACACCAAUGAAAAAUGGCAUGAAACCGUCCGAUUACCCUAAUUUGUCAGUCAGUAGUCCGGUAACUCCACGAAGCUUUGUCAAAGAACAUUAUGAACGGUGUGACACUCCGAGGUUGAGUCAUCGUCACUCAAGAUCUCAAGAGAAGAGCUGUUUAGGAGAUUAUAUGGUGAAUGUUACAAAGAGUAGUAAAAAGAAGAAAGGGAGAAGUUCAAUAGAGAAUGAUGAUAGUAAACCGGAGUUGGACUUGACUAACUCGGAGAUGUUUCCGGAGAUAGGUGCUAGAAAAGCUAGUUCUUUAAGGUCUGAGAAGCGACGGAUUAAACCCACCAACAUAGACAAGUCACAGAAAAGCAUUUCUCUAAACAGUUUCAGUGUGGAAUCGAUACAAACUUCACCGUCUUUAGUUGAAGAGAAUUCAGUUUUUAAACAGCAACGCAUACAAGUUAAAGAAACAAAUAGCUUUGAAGCUGAAAGGAACUUUUUGAAGCAGGAACGCCAUAAAUUGAUGGAGAAAUUUAAUAUACUUAACACAGCUUCACCGCAGAAAGUCAUAGCUACACCGCAAAUAAAAAUUACUCAGAAAAACUCAAUAGAAAAAAGCCAGAGUUUCAUCAAAAGUGAUGUUACCAAGAUAAUGUGUAAAGACAAGCUGGAUUUACUAGUAGAAAUAUAUGAGAUAUUAAUGACAAAUAAUUUAAUACUAAGUUUGAAUACGGAGAUAUAUUUUUUGAUAUCGAUUCUGAUAUCGAAGCAGUUUGAAGAUGACUUUGUGUUAGCUCAAAAUAAGUUGAAAGAGAAUGACAUGGGGUAUUUGCUAAAGACUAUACAUAAUAGUACGUACUUUGCGGUGAAGUCACUUUGGCACCAGCGAGUUAUAUUGGAAGUUAUUCUUGAUAAGAGCUCGUUGAAGACUUUGGGUGAAAACAAAAAAGUGCGAAGUUUUUACCCGGACUUAGCGAAAUUCUUACUAAACUGCUACGGGCUCCGGUGUGAGGCCGAGAACAAUCAGGACAAGUCGAGACAGAGCGAGUCCCAGUCCAACGGCGUGGUGUGUUUCAACUCGGAGACUGACAAUAUUGACAAUUUCCCUUCGAUGCUCAGCUUCCAAACUUUUAAGAAGCAAAGGGACAUGUUUUAUGAGAUUUGGAGAUGGUACCAAGACACCCAGUCGGGAGGGUCGCGUUCGUCCCUCCGUGGCCGAGUGAAGGCCCUCCUGUGUACGGGGGCGGGGCCCUGCAACCUCGCUCACUUGGCCAAUCUGUUCACCUCACACAUGUACCAACACUGCUUGCCUGCUAGCAAACAGGAAUCGAAGCUAAGCAAGCUACAGCGUCGUUUGACUUGCCCCACCGCGCCCGAAUCACAUCGACUACCCCAGUUCAGCCAACAGGAAAUGUUUUACAAAGAUUUCAUAAUAAACGCUGAGAAUGAAUCGUUUCGCGUACAUCUGAGAGACGCCAUAGCUUCGGAAAUAUGUGUUCUAGACGGCACGCAUAUCACAUCGGAUGAUAGAGGGAAUUCAAACAUCGAAAUCACAAAAGAAUACCUAGCUCUAUCAAAGAAACUAGGUCUUCUAGCGAAAUUCCUAGGUUUUCUAGCGUCUCUACCGUACACCCAGUUCACGAUAGACGCUACGAAUAAGAAUGCAGUGACAAAGGUGAUCAGCAGAGAAGUGAACUAUGCGACGCCCAAAGAAAAGGUUUUGGCUAACGAUUUAGCUUUGAGGAAUUAUAGCCAACCAGCCAUAGACCUGCUAGGUAUACUAAAGAACGCGUUAGAAAACGGUCGACUAUCGAUAUCUUUACCGUGGAUAGUCCACUAUCUAUCGAUGCUAGACUACACAUCACUACGAAUAACAUACUACCAAAACUUACUAAAAAUCCUAUUCGAAAUACACACGAAUCGACUAAAAAUAAACAACACUACGUUAAAAAAGAACACUAUAAUAUAUUUAAAAUCGAUUCUCGGUUGGUUAUUCGAUUUACCGCAUUUUCCUCAGGAUUUGUUCUAUGAGAAUCGACUAAACGUUAGUGGUGGGAGCGAUUUGCUUAUCGAUACUUGUGAGUUAGUCGAUGAAUCGGUUAUAAUAGAGUUGUGCCCGCAUUUGAGGGAUUUGAACGUGUUGUUAUCGACAUGUAGAGUGUCUCAGGAUCAAAAGGAUAUGGCCAGUUAUCGACAUAUCACUCCGGUCAGCUUAACUUUAAAUCCUGAGGAUCGGAUCAAGAAUAAGGAAAAGGAAUUGCAGGCACGCCUAGAAGAAGAGUUACUAAAGAGCCAACCGUCGUCCACUCGCCGUGUGCUCGAGCUGGUAAUCGAACGCGUUACCUCGGCGUGUGUGAGGGAACUAUCCGCCCACACUCUCACGGAGGUGCGCGAGAGGGCCAGCAGGGCUGUGGCUAAGAUGGUCGCUAAUUAUCAGGGGGAUCAGGCUGGUCUCGUACCGGCGGCGCAGCAGAUAUACGCCGCGCACCUCCAACUCCUGCGCAGCGCGGCCCUGGAGGCGGGGCGCGGCUCCGUCCGGCGGCGCGGCGAGGCGGCCGUGGCGGCGCUGCUGGCGGCGGCGCCCCCCCCGCUGGUGGCGCUGGUGGUGCGCGCCGCCACCACCAAACUCGCCAAGUGGCUGCACGACAACUGGACCACGCACGCGGUCCUCUGCAAAGAUAUAGAAUCUGAAGUAAAGACGCUGGUCGCUCUCGGUGAUUUAGGAAUCACCACGUGUCACAAGAACUCAGUGGAUGUCAGCGCUAUGACCACGCCGGGGGCUCAGUUCUCGGCUCAGCAUGUUAGCGCGGCCGCCUGUGUCAUUAAUUUGAAGGAGCAAGUAUGCCUCCUGCUAGAAGGGGCGGAGUCCCCCUGCCUCCCCCUCGUGUUGUCGAGCUGCGCGGCGGCGUGCGGGGGGGGGAACAUGUUCGUCCGCCCCCCCACGCAGCGCGCCAUACUGCAGCUCAGUGUCGACCUCUGUGUCGUCUUCGUAAGCAGAAAACCGAAGGAAGUCAACGAGUCAUUUUUAUUGAAACUCCACGCAAUAUGGAACGUGUGUUGUCCGGACAGAAAGAGGUCUCCUCCUCAAGAAAUAACCCUCCCGGAGAGGCGAGAGGAACUAUCACCACAAUUCCGAAACUUCGAAGACGAAGAACGCGCCCCAACGCCCAUAAGUGACGAGGAAGUCCCCACUAAAAUCGUCAUACUAAACCCAAACUCGGAGAAUUUGCAACCGAACUCGGAGAAUUUGUUACAAGACUCGGAGAAAUUGCAGCAAAACUCGGAGAGUUUGCCGCAAAAGUCGGGUAGUCAAGGCCAAGAGGGUGACGAUAGUGAUGUGAAUUUGGAGUUUUUCGAUAGAAUCUUGUGUCCGAGGAAUAUAAUGUUGCUCAGUGAUGGGAAGAGUGUCGAUGUUUGGGAGGCGAUGGCUACUGUUUUAGUGUUUUUGUUGAAACAUGAUUAUUUGAGCGAAGACUCGCUUACUGAGCAGUGCUUGGCUGUUUAUAGACAGGAUUGGUCUCAGAGCGUCCUAGAGAGCCUAUCAACAUGUAUGAAGUCAGUAUCAGCGCGGUGGUCUCGAUCCUCCACAGGCAAGUUCACUCUAUUCCUAGACUUCCUAGCCGAAUACUGCGGAGACAUGGACUAUGAUCCGUCCGAUCCGAUAGAGGGAUUUGUACUAGCGACCAGUCGACCAACGAGGCAGUCAGUACAUAUAUAUGUUGUGUGUGUGGCUUGUCUCGUACCGGCGGCGCAGCAGAUAUACGCCGCGCACCUCCAACUCCUGCGGAGCGCGGCCCUGGAGGCGGGGCGCGGCUCCGCCCGGCGGCGCGGCGAGGCGGCCGUGGCGGCGCUGCUGGCGGCGGCGCCCCCCCCGCUGGUGGCGCUGGUGGUGCGCGCCGCCACCACCAAACUCGCCAAGUGGCUGCACGACAACUGGACCACGCACGCGGUCCUCUGCAAAGAUAUAGAAUCUGAAGUAAAGACGCUGGUCGCUCUCGGUGAUUUAGGAAUCACCACGUGUCACAAGAACUCAGUGGAUGUCAGCGCUAUGACCACGCCGGGGGCUCAGUUCUCGGCUCAGCAUGUUAGCGCGGCCGCCUGUGUCAUUAAUUUGAAGGAGCAAGUAUGCCUCCUGCUAGAAGGGGCGGAGUCCCCCUGCCUCCCCCUCGUGUUGUCGAGCUGCGCGGCGGCGUGCGGGGGGGGGAACAUGUUCGUCCGCCCCCCCACGCAGCGCGCCAUACUGCAGCUCAGUGUCGACCUCUGUGUCGUCUACGUAAGCAGAAAACCGAAGGAAGUGAACGAGUCAUUUCUAUUGAAACUCCACGCAAUAUGGAACGUGUGUUGUCCGGACAGAAAGAGGUCUCCUCCUCAAGAAAUAACCCUCCCGGAGAGGCGAGAGGAACUAUCACCACAAUUCCGAAACUUCGAAGACGAAGAACGCGCCCCAACGCCUAUAAGCGACGAGGAAGUCCCCACUAAAAUCGUCAUACUAAACCCAAACUCGGAGAAUGUGCAACCGAACUCGGAGAAUUUGUUACAAGACUCGGAGAAAUUGCAGCAAAACUCGGAGAGUUUGCCCCAAAAGUCGGGUAGUCAAGGCCAAGAGGGUGACGAUAGUGAUGUGAAUUUAGAGUUUUUCGAUAGAAUCUUGUGUCCGAGGAAUAUAAUGUUGCUCAGUGAUGGGAAGAGUGUCGAUGUUUGGGAGGCGAUGGCUACUGUUUUAGUUUUUCUGUUGAAACAUGAUUAUUUGAGCGAAGACUCGCUUACUGAGCAGUGCUUGGCUGUUUAUAGACAGGAUUGGUCUCAGAGCGUCCUAGAGAGUCUAUCAACAUGUAUGAAGUCAGUAUCAGCGCGGUGGUCUCGAUCCUCCACAGGCAAGUUCACUCUAUUCCUAGACUUCCUAGCCGAAUACUGCGGAGACAUGGACUAUGAUCCGUCCGAUCCGAUAGAGGGAUAAAUCAUUAAUCACCAUUGUUGUAAAAUUUAUUUAUUUUUAAUCACCACUUUGUGUUUUUUGUGUGGAAUUAAUCACCAAGUGUAUCAAGGCGUUUA